ACACUGCAGCUCCGCGCGGACUCCGGCUCUGGCGAGGUGGCUGCAAACUCGCGGGCACGCACGGCGCUCGGGGAGCCGGGGGACUCGGGGGAGGGGACGCGUGCGGAAGGCGCCAGCUUGCUCUCGCCCGCCUCUCGCCGCGCGAGCCGAGGUUGGAGGAACCCGGGGCCUCAACCCGGCUGAGCCCAGCGGCGGCGGCUUCCCUUUUCUACCCCAGCGAGCUCCAGAGCGCCUCGGGGACCGGCCCUCAAAAGAGCAGGAAAUCUUGUUUACCGCCCGGGGAGAGGAGCCCAUCGAGCCUUUGUCUGGAAAGUCAGCAUCUCCAGAUGAAUUCCUGCAAUGAGUUUCUGGUGAAUUAGCAUUGGGCGGCACGGCCGGAGAAGGGGGUCGCUAGGUUCACGACUGGUUUCAGAGGCGUAUCCAGCGGGUGACUUUUGUGCAUUCGUUUUAAUUUUUGGAAAUCUCUUUUUCCCCCCUCCCUCGCCGCCACCGGGCAUGUCCUGAUCUGACGGCCGCUCCUAUCGCCUUGAGCUGCGGAUCCGAGUGGUUUCCAGCGGGGCUCCCUCCCUCCCUGACUUUGCAACACCGCGUUCCGGGAGAACCGACCUCGGUGAGGAAGGGGGCGGGGGAGCCGCGAACACCCGGACCCAAACCUUGACAUGCUCUCGGGUGGAGAGGAGGAAGCCAGGAGCUGAGUGCACCGCCGGGGCUGUUUCUCCCGCCGGCUCCGAGCGCGGGGCUCCGGGCUCCCUGCCCUGCGCCUGGGAGGCAGCCUUGUUGUUCUGGGGGCUGCCCCCCACUUCCUGCUCUGGUGGUCCACGGCCGGCAGGACCAUGCUGCUCAAGGAGUACCGGAUCUGCAUGCCGCUCACCGUGGACGAGUACAAAAUCGGACAGCUGUACAUGAUCAGCAAGCACAGCCAUGAGCAGAGUGACCGAGGGGAAGGCGUAGAAGUCGUCCAGAAUGAGCCCUUCGAGGACCCUAACCACGGCAACGGGCAGUUCACCGAGAAGCGUGUGUAUCUCAACAGCAAACUGCCGAGUUGGGCCAGAGCUGUUGUUCCCAAAAUAUUUUAUGUUACAGAGAAGGCUUGGAACUAUUAUCCCUACACAAUUACAGAAUACACAUGUUCCUUCUUGCCGAAAUUCUCCAUUCAUAUAGAAACCAAGUAUGAGGACAACAAAGGAAGCAACGACAGCAUUUUUGACAGCGAAGCCAAAGACCUCGAGAGAGAAGUUUGCUUUAUUGAUAUUGCCUGCGAUGAAAUUCCAGAACGUUACUACAAAGAGUCUGAGGAUCCUAAACACUUCAAGUCAGAGAAGACAGGAAGGGGACAGUUACGGGAAGGCUGGAGAGAUAGUCAUCAGCCCAUCAUGUGUUCCUACAAGCUGGUGACUGUGAAGUUUGAGGUCUGGGGGCUCCAGACCAGAGUGGAACAGUUUGUACACAAGGUGGUCCGAGAUAUCCUGCUGAUUGGACAUCGACAGGCUUUUGCAUGGGUUGAUGAGUGGUAUGAUAUGACAAUGGACGAUGUUCGAGAAUACGAGAAAAACAUGCAUGAACAAACCAACAUAAAAGUUUGCAAUCAGCAUUCCUCCACUGUGGAUGACAUAGAGAGCCAGGCCCAAACAAGUACAUGACAAUGGAUGAAGUCCGAGAAUUUGAACGAGCCACUCAGGAAGCCACCAACCAGAAAAUUGGAGUUUUCCCACCUGUGAUUUCUAUCUCGAGCAUUCCCCUGCUGCCUUCUUCAGUCCGCAGUGCCCCUUCCAGCGCGCCGUCCACACCUCUGUCCUCAGACGCACCUGAGUUUCUGUCUGUGCCCAAAGAUCGGCCCCGGAAAAAGUCUGCCCCAGAAACUCUCACGCUUCCAGACCCCGAGAAAAAUACCACCCUGAAUUUACCUGGCGUACCCUCUUCAGACAGGCCAUGCCGGCCCAAAUCAGAAUAACUUCAUAUGAAUAUUUCAUGGGGUUUUAUAUUUUCAUUUUCAGGGUUGGUUUUCUUGUUUUGUUUUGUUUUUUAAGAAUCUUCUAAUAUAGAAAAAGACUGCUUUGUCACUCAAAACAUGUUCCUUCGAUCUGAGUGUGCAUGUGGUUAAGUAAUUUCACAUAUAAUAUGAGUCCCCAAAUAUGCCACACAGCAUCAUAUUAGAUGCAACAUGUAAGACAUGCAAAAGACAGAAGGCAUCUCCUGUAGCCACAGCUGGAAGCCUGGGAGGAAGCCUUGUUAUUGGGCAUUUGCUGCGGUUGGCAUGGGCUUCAAGGGUAAAUAAAUGAAAACUUUGCACCACUGUGGUACAAGGUGUGAUAAAAUAGUGAAGUCAGUUUCCUCUGGUUAAACCUGAAAUUCUCAAAAAUACUCUCAGGCGGAACAUACCUAAUUGUUAAAUUUUGAACUGCUCAUCGCCAAUACUUGAAUACCAGUAGUUACUAAAAUUCCUAUUUUGGUUAGUCUGACUCAGGAUUUGGGGCCUAAUUAACACUUUAAAUUUUUUGAAAAUUUUAAUUAUCAACCCACAGAGGCUCCACGUGCAAUUAAUGAUAACUUAUUUAUACCUUUCACAGAAUUUAAUAAAGAUUCCACUUGCUUCUGUCUUUUAAUAACUUUUCCCCUAUGUGCCCUCAGAAAUCUUGAGAAUUAAAUGGGUGAAUGUGACCUUAACUUGACAGAUUUUGGAAGGGUUGAGUUAGGAACCAAGAGGUCCAGGUGAGACAAACAUCUUUUUUCUCUACAGGUACCAACAAACCUUAACUUGUCAGCUUCUAUCAUCCAUGAAGAUUCUCAGAAUUUGCAAUUAAUUAAGCAGAAUUUAUUGACUACUUACUCACUCAAAAAGUUCAAGGGUAGAGUAAGCUAACUGGACUUUCACUCUGUUGGAAUAUCUGGUUCGGGAAACCCUAAAAAAGAGAAUUGUUUUUCAUCUCCCUCCUGGUUUUACUUUUAUUUUUUAUUUUUUUCUCUUCCCCGCCCCCUCCACACUCCCCUGGUUUUAUUUUUAAUAACAUCCAGACUUCCUGGACCCGAUGGCCCGUCACGGGACCUUAGAAAAGACUGUCAUUCUCUUGCUCCUUACUUGAAAUCCAAAUAUUGGGAUGUCCCAGAAGUUGAGUAAAUACUGUCAAGUGGGAGGAGAGAAUGAGCAGAAUUGUUGACUCCUAUUUGUAAAGCAAAAAGGAGGAGAGAUACAUGUCCUUCCGUCUAGCUUUCUUUUCUGAAAGUAUUGCUAAUGCAAGAUUAGAUUCAAGGUUGACGGGAGGCAAGCUCAUUCACCAAAGUGGCAGAAAGAGAACUCCCCUUUGAUCUGAAAAGGAAAAACCUGCCACCUUCGCACCUCACUGCCUUUAAACGCAGAAGGAAGGGCAAGCAGUAUCUAUAUUCACUUUUGUCCUCCAGGAGAGGAAAAGAGCAAAGUAACUGGGCAACAACAAGCCCCCAGCUAGCCUUCCUCUCCAUAACCUCCAACCUCAGGAAAGGGACCUUCCCACACAGAUUCCAAAGGAAACAUACAGACCAGGGAGCAUAGCCUCCUCCUCUCUCCUGGCCUCAGCCAGUGGACCCGGCCUGCUUCUCUCUCUAAGUGCUCGGCACUCUGCAUUGUGUCUUUCAAGUUGACAAACUUCCAGGUGCAGGCGCUGGCCCCUGAGCCCAGCAUCAAGUAAGCAUAAGUUAUAUGUCAGACUGUCAAGAUCAUAUCUCUAUCUACAGGUUGAUAUUUAGCUUGAAAAAAAAAUUUUUAAACCCAGAACUCAAGGGAAACCAGUUACAAAUAGCUUAGGUCAACAUGCAUCUCUUCCCUAAGAGCGAGAUAGCAUUGUAGUAAGACAUCUUUGCAUGGUAUGGUAGCAUGAUUUUUUGCUUGUGGGAAAACUUAAUCUUUUACCGAACCCCUUGGACUUUUCGACGGCUCCCUUUCCACACAGUAGUCCUUAAGGAUUAUGUUUGGCUUCAGAAAGCAAAAUUCUAUUUUCACAAGGCAGCGAUCGUGUGUGUGUUUGCUUACCAUUUAUUUACGAGCUGAAAUCAGCUUUGUCACAAGUGGGGGUGGGGUCAUUUUCUAAUGGAACCGAUCUAUUUUGUGCAUGUUGUUAACACAUCUGAUGCCUAGUUUUUCCACUCAUACCAUUGCUGUUCGUAAAGUAGCUUCUGCUAGCAAGGUCAACCAUCCUAUCUGCUUUAGAAAGGUAAUUUCUCAUUUCCUCCUGUGAGUUUUCUUUCUCUCAUAGCCAGUACAAUACCACGGACAUCAGUUACAAACUGCUAAAGAUAGUGUGCGUUUUAGCCAUCAAAAGUGUGUGCACUUAAAAUACAUUCAGUUUUCUGUCUACAUGUGGUUUGUGUGCAUUUAAGAAAAGGGGAGGGGGGGUGCAUAUAUUCCUUCAGCUGCUUUGAAUAUUGAAUCCCAUCAUCGUGAGCAUACGUGACUUCACCAUUUUAUCUGCCUUGAUUUCCAAGUGUCAUUUUACAUUCUCCAUACAUGCCUUUGUUUGUUGUGGGAUACAAGCCUGCAAUGAAUGUGUACAUAGAACCUUAAUAAUUCCUAUAAGGAUGGAAAUGCAAUGGCUGCAUGAUGGAAACUUAGAAGAAGGAAAAAGGCAGAAACUUGAAUUAAGCAUGUUUGGGGGUGGGGGGAAUAGAAUCUUUAACUCAGUGCCUCUGUCUGCAAUGUGGAAACCUUCGACUUUGUUCACCAAAAUUGUAUUAUACCUGUAUGUACAUAUAUAGAAAUAUAGUAUAGUGAAUCAAACACCACCAGUUUGAAGUCUCUGGUAGCCAAAUUAAAGUAAUCCACAGAAUAGCACAUGCGCAGCACACCAUCUUCAUCUCUGAUGUUGGUGAAAACCAUGGCAAUGGCUGUACAUUUCAUUACUUCGGGUGCAUUUCAAAUACCAGGCGCCCCUGUGCUUUUCAUGGGCUGUGUGUGGUACAGCAUUUGUAGCUUUGACUGCUUUCCCAGGAUCAGAGGGUCUUGGUGUUUUUCCCGCGUGCACUUUGUCAGAAGUUAGCUCUGAACACCAUUUCAUGUUUCUACUUUUGGGCUAUAGUAAAACUAUAGUAAAACUAAGGAAGCCAUGAAAUUUUUCACUCACCAUCGUUAUAACAGGCACAAUAUGUGUUCGCUGGUGAACUAAUUUAUAAACCCUUCUUUUACAAUUUUGCAUCUGUGUGGGAAGAAUGGUUUUAAUGUAUUUGGAGGUUUGUAGUAGCCAUGUUUUGGGUGUGAGAAUAAAUCUCUAAGCGCAGUCGUGGUUGUACAAUGCAGGCACAAAAACCCAAGACCCCACAAGUAAUUACAGGGUUUUCUUUCAAGGCACUGUAAUACUGGCCUAGAGAAUAGAUCCUGACACUUCUCCAGAAAUCAUUUUCCUGUGAAAAUUGCAAGGCUAAUGUAUGUAUGUACAUUUUUAAAUUCUACUUUCCUUGGUAGCUCUUCAGGGCUCAGAGACAGCAAAGUCACUGUCUGGUUUAGGUCAGUAGGAAUUUUACUUUUCAGAAGGGCCAGAGUAUAAUUCAGAUAUAAGAUGUAAUUAGAUAAUCCAAUAGACAGGAAUUGUCUAAAUAGUUUUAGUCCCUUUCUGAUCAUCUGACUCAGUAGGCUAGGUAACAAUCUGCCAUCUUGAGCCCUAAUUCUUGAAAUUAAAAAAAAUAUAUAUGUUGUGUGGCUGUAACUGGUCAAACAACUCGUUCUUGCUGAGACUGAAAUGUCACGCAAUCGCACAGCCUUGGCACGCGGAGGCAACACUGGGUUCUUGUGUGUUCUACCUUCGGAACGAUCUGUUUGCAUUUGAAAUGUAAGUGUUUAAGCUUUUUAGGAGUUAGUGCAAUAAGAGGAUGUGAAUGUGGAGACCUUUUCAGAUGUGAUUCAUGGUAAUUUUGUUGUUAAGUUAAUGCUAUAGGAUGAUGUGGCCUAAAAGGGAAAGCAUGUCUAUUGAAUUGCAAGUCCCCCUUCAGUUCCUAUGUAUCACCAAGAAGAGGUUCUUUGAGUUGCUGUUAUGCCUACGCCACUUCUGUGUCGCUUCAAGUGUCAUUUUUUAGUGUUUACAUUUCAAGCUGGGAUCUUGAUUCGUUCAAUGGGUCGAUAUACCACUGCCACUGCUGAAGGACCAAGGUUUGGAGUGCACAGUGUUACAGUCUACAAGCAAAGCAAACAAAAGGUGACCCUCACACAUGCCAUCCUUCUGUGUCAUUUUAUGGCUGUUUUGUGUUUUCCCCCCAGUUAUUUAUUAUUGUUAAUAACUUCCUUUUUCUUACCUUCUAUUGUAAAUAAAGUACAAAGCAAUCUUC